ACUUUGAACUAUAUUAUAAGUGACAGUGGUAUCAUCCGUCGUUAAUAUUAUAUUACAUUUAGCGUUUAUUUUAUUAAAAAUAAUUUUCAAUGUUUCAAUGAACAGAAAGAAUACCUAAAAAAAGAGGAGAACACCGCCGUUAUGGGUAUUAGAAAUCUAACCGUGUUCAUUAAAAAUAACAAAGAAGAAGCGCUCAAAGGUUGCUUUAGCAAAGAGCCAGAGCAGCUUGAGAACAUAGUCGUCAUACUCGACGGCCUAUCAAUAGCGCACAAAGCGAGAGAAAUAGGAAGCAGCAGUAAUGAGCAAAAUAUGUUUGGUGGCGACUACGAUGAUAUCAAAAAUGACUACGAAAAGUUUUUUGAGCUAUUAGAGAAACACGAAAUUACACCCAUAGUGGUUUUGGACGGCUCUCUUUUAAAAAACAAAAAAUUAAAACUAAACUAGAUAGGAUGACAUGGACAUUAAAACAGUAUGACCGACAUGACAAUAAUUUCGAGUUUAAAAGGUGUGCGCCACAUCUUUCUUAUGAUGUUUUUUAUUGAAGUUCUCGACGAAAAGAAAAUACCGCACUUUGUAUGUGAACACGAAGCGGACAACGAAGUUGUAAAAUUAGCCAAGAAGUACGACUGCCCUGUCAUAAGUAGUGAUUCAGAUUAUUAUUUGAAUACUGUCAAAUUCAUUCACACCGAUUGGCUACGUUUGGUCAAGGAAAAUGAGGAUUCAAUUUUAAUAGAAGAAAAUAUAUCCAUAAUCAAAUGGAAUUUUGAAUUUUCGUAUAAAGCAAAUUUAGUCACAAGUUGGCUUAAAGGAAAGGAAAUUGCCGAAGCUGUGCGAAUAAUCUCAAAAUAUUUACCUGAAACUCAAAAGUUUAUAGACGAAUACAACAACGAGGACACCAAAUACUUGCCGUACCUUUUUGAAAAAUAUGGACAUAUGGACUUGUAUAGUAAAUUAAAUAUAGCCAACGGCGAACGAUCCGAGAAACCCCUCUUUGCUGAAAAUUAUCUUUGCGGGGACUUGGGCACAGUGGAUAAACUGUUGAGGGAAUUGAAAAUUAUUAUAUUUAAGCCGCAGAUAGAAAAUUACGAUGAACAACCUUACUACGAAAUGUGUAUUCCUAUUGUAAGGAAAAUAGCCGGACUCUUAUUUAGUAAAAAUUUUACGUGGUACGGUCGAAAACCAGGAUCACCGGGGUAUACACAAAAUAUUGAACAACCUUCAUUUUGGAAACGUCAGAAUGGUGAUUCUGAAAUGAACAUUUCUUUAAAUAAACUUAAACAAAAUCCCAAUCGUGGAAAACAAAUGAUUUCGAAUGUGAUCAGUGAAAACAAUCGGUCAACUCUGCUAAACUUUAAUGAAUCGGGCGUUCUCCCUGAAUGGCAAUUGUUUAUUUUGGCUUUAAACUAUUGGUCCACUUUUAAACCGCAAGACAGGGAUCAGAAAAGAGUAGCGUAUCAAAUGCGAGCGUUUAUUAUGGGCGCUAUUAAAUUAAACUUUAUCGAUAAAAUCAAAGAAGAUGAAGUGGAAAGCGAACAAUUUAAAAUGGAUCGGCCGAAAGGAUAUUUCCAAGAAUGCGUGUCUAAAGUGACCAAAGAGGAUUGCUUAAAAGCAGAUAAACGCAUGUCCAAGUACAAAAUUAUACCAACUGUGGAUUUUGAAAGUUUCGAUCAAUCUAUCCGAAUAAUACAUUAUUUCGCAGAACUUCAAGGUGUUUUGUCUUAUAUAAUGCCAUUGAACGCAAUGCUAAAAUUCCCUUUGGAAAAAUGUAAAAUUCAAAACUUUUUUAAAGGUACCUUGCUGUUUAACUUGUGUGUAGAAAUAAUAGGAAACGACAAGACAGACAUAGUAGAAGAGGAAAUUUUAAAAGAUUCACCUUCUUUACUAAACCUUUACAAGUUAAUACAAAAAGGAAUGUACGAAAGGAAUAACGAAUAACAAUCAAAUAAAAGACGGGCCAGUCAAACUGAUAACGGUGCUCUAAAGAAC